CAGACUGGCAAACUACAAAGCCCGGCGGCCCCGAUCGCUGGGAAAGACCGAUAAACUUUGAGCGGACCCGGACAGAAAAAAAUCUCUCUUUGUCUUGAGGGGGCUGUUGGGUGGUCGCAGAACUGGGUCCUGUGCGUUGGGAAAGGGAAGUGGAGGUGAGCCUGGGGCUUCCCACCCGGUUGCUGGGCCCGCCCCGGCUGCAGCGCUCAGCCCCACCUGGUCUGGGCCACCGCCCUGCACAGUCUGAGGGAUGAGCAGCCGCCCAAGCUGCGGGGCCUCGGGCCUUCGGCACCUCUGACACUCGCAGGUUGCUGCUUCUCCGUGCAGAACCGUAUGUCUCUGAAAGAAGAUGAAUUUGGCUGAGAUUUGUGAUAAUGCAAAGAAAGGAAGAGAAUAUGCCCUUCUUGGAAAUUACGACUCAUCAAUGGUGUAUUACCAGGGGGUGAUACAACAGAUUCAGAGACAUUGCCAGUCAAUAAGAGAUCCAGCUAUCAAAGGCAAAUGGCAACAGGUUCGGCAGGAAUUAUUGGAAGAAUAUGAACAAGUUAAAAGUAUUGUCAGCACUUUAGAAAGUUUUAAAAUCGACAAGCCUCCCGAUUUCCCUGUGUCCUGUCAAGAUGAACCAUUUAGAGAUCCUGCUGUGUGGCCACCCCCUGUUCCUGCAGAACACAGAGCUCCACCUCAGAUCAGGCGUGCCAAUCGAGAAGUAAGACCUCUGAGGAAAGAAAUGGCAGGAGUAGGAGCCCGGGGACCUGUAGGCCGAGCACAUCCUAUAUCAAAGAGUGAAAAACCUUCUACAAGUAGGGACAAGGAUUAUAGAGCAAGAGGGAAAGAUGACAAGGGAAGGAAGAAUAUGCAAGAUGGUGCAAGUGAUGGUGAAAUUCCAAAAUUUGAUGGUGCUGGUUAUGAUAAGGAUCUGGUGGAAGCCCUUGAGAGAGACAUUGUAUCCAGGAAUCCUAGCAUUCAUUGGGAUGACAUAGCAGAUCUGGAAGAAGCUAAGAAGCUGCUAAGGGAAGCUGUCGUUCUUCCAAUGUGGAUGCCUGACUUCUUCAAAGGGAUUAGAAGGCCAUGGAAGGGUGUACUAAUGGUUGGACCCCCAGGUACUGGUAAAACUAUGCUAGCUAAAGCUGUUGCCACUGAAUGUGGUACAACAUUCUUCAACGUUUCCUCUUCUACACUGACAUCUAAAUAUAGAGGUGAAUCUGAGAAGUUAGUUCGUCUGUUGUUUGAGAUGGCUAGAUUUUAUGCGCCUACCACGAUAUUCAUUGAUGAGAUAGAUUCUAUCUGCAGUCGAAGAGGAACCUCUGAUGAACAUGAGGCAAGUCGCAGGGUCAAGUCUGAACUACUCAUUCAGAUGGAUGGAGUUGGAGGAGCUUUAGAAAAUGACGAUCCUUCCAAAAUGGUUAUGGUAUUGGCCGCUACUAACUUCCCUUGGGACAUUGACGAAGCUUUGCGAAGAAGGUUAGAAAAAAGGAUAUAUAUACCUCUCCCAACAGCAAAAGGAAGAGCCGAGCUUCUGAAGAUCAACCUUCGAGAGGUCGAAUUAGAUCCUGAUAUUCAACUGGAAGAUAUAGCCGAGAAGAUUGAGGGCUAUUCUGGUGCUGACAUCACUAAUGUUUGCAGGGAUGCCUCUUUAAUGGCAAUGAGACGGCGUAUCAAUGGCUUAAGUCCAGAAGAGAUCCGUGCGCUUUCUAAAGAGGAGCUUCAGAUGCCUGUUACCAAAGGAGACUUUGAAUUGGCCCUUAAGAAAAUUGCUAAGUCUGUCUCUGCUGCAGACUUGGAGAAGUAUGAAAAAUGGAUGGUUGAAUUUGGAUCUGCUUGAAUUUCUGUCAGCUCUUUAAUUUCUGAUAUUUUUGUUUAUGAAAUGUUAAGAAAUUCCUGCAAUUUUUAAAAAACAGGUUUGGAAUUUUUUUGAGUGGAAUGGUUUUCACUUAAAGGAAAAAAGUCUAAACUGUAAAGAAUACUAAAUGUAGUUGAGAAAUAGGAACAUUUCAUGGCGAGAGUUUGCUAGUCGCCCUCAGCUUUGUGCUGGUAUUCCACAUGUUCCUGCAUUAAUAUUGCACACCCAAACCAAUCUAUCAGGGAGGCUGAAGAAAGGGAGCAGUGUGCUAUUUUAAGAACUUGUUUACAGAAGAUUUUAAAAGACCCCUAUUUUUCAUUUGCAUUUGUCAUUUUUUUUUCCAAUUCUUUGCUCUGUCAACAUGAGGGUCAUAUCUAUAUAUGUUGACUUUAACAUCAAAAUUGGAUUUGUGUCGAAUUCAUUAUUUAUUGUUAAGAGAAUAAGGGCAUAUUUUGGCGGAAAUAAUGAAUUUACUAGUUAAACCUUUAGAAUUUA